GUGACCUGCACACGAACGAGACACCAGAAGAAUUGUUUUGUUUCUCAUGAGCAACACUUUUAGACAUUAAACUUGUCUCAUUUUCUUAUUUCUGUCAGUUUUAUAAUCAUCUUGCUUGCUGAUUGUAACAUGAAUGUAACAUACAUUAAUCUCAGUGGCCAUGUGGAGUUGGAAAAAUAUCGCUAUGUUUAUUUCUCCAUCAUGGUCAUAGCUUAUAUUUUGAUCCUGUCCAGUAACUUUACAGUCGUUUGUCUGGUUGUGAUUCACAAGAGCCUCCAUGAGCCCAUGUAUAUCUUUAUUGCUGCUUUGUUGAUCAACUCCAUUCUUUUCAGUUCUUCUAUCUACCCGAAGCUUUUGAUUGACUUCUUAUCAGAGAAGCAGAUUGUGUCUUACGAGGCUUGUCUCAUUCAGGCAUUUACAUUUUACACUCUAAGCUGUUCAGAAUACUUGCUGCUAGCAGCCAUGGCCUUUGACAGAUUUGUGUCAAUAUGUAGACCUCUGCAAUAUCAUAUGAUCAUGAGAAAAAGAACAGUGAGUUUUUUCCUUGUUCUAGCUUGGUUCGUACCUGCUUGUCACACCGUUGUGCCCUUCAUUGGAAAUGCCAAUUCCAAGCUCUGCAGCUUCACUUUGAGAGGCAUUUUCUGCAACAAUUCAGUGCAUCAUCUUUUCUGUGUGGCUUCAAGAGCUUUGCUGACGUACGGCCUAGUUGCUCUGUUCAACAUUGCUGUUUUUCCCAUGGUUUUCAUAUUGUUCACUUACACAGUUAUACUUAUAGUGGCCUAUAGAAGCUGUGGGGAUGUGAGGAAAAAAGCAGCACAGACGUGUUUACCUCACCUGAUGGUGUUAAUCAACUACUCCUGUUUGUUUGCUUAUGACGUGAUUAUUGUGAGACUGGAAUCUGACAUUUCAAAGGCUGUGCGGUUUGUGAUGACGAUGUGUAUAAUAAUGUGCAGUCCUCUUUUUAAUCCAGUCAUUUACGGACUGAAAAUGAAAAAAAUCUAUAAACACCUGAGAAGGUUGUUCUCCCAAACGAGGGGAAAGUGACUGUUUGUUUUAAGGUUUUGUCAUUUUUUGCCUUCUCUUUUUUAAGCCCUAUAUAUUACAUUGUUAUACGUCAAUAUUACCUAUCUUUGGUGUGAUUCUCAGAUUUGUUUAAUGAGCACAGCAAUGCUAUUCAUAUUAGUCACUGUGUCUCAAAUAUUUAUAAUAAUGGAAAAAAAACUGUUUGCCUUAAUAUGAAACUUUUUUUAUCUGAAUUGGUUGAUCAAUAAAGCUAAAGAAAGUUUGUUUAUUUUAUAAAAUGUUUUGGCCUUUCAUUGUAAAUACAUUUUUAAUUGUUGUACAUAUCUAAAUUAUUAAUGCAUGCCUUUGGUGGUGUUGUAUAUAGGAAUGUCUUUGGGCUAAAAUAAAUGAAA